CGAGCACUACAAAUGAAGCUUCGGCCAAUAACGUUGAAACUCAAUAGCCAAGAGAAAACACUGAGAAAGAGAGAAAGAUAUGGCGGAGGAAGACCAAGUAACGCUGCACGGAGCAUGGACUAGUCCUUUCGUAAAGAGUGUGGAACUGGGCCUUAAAAUUAAAGGUAUACCCUACAAGUAUGUGGAAGAAGAUUUGAAGAACAAAAGCCCCCUUCUGCUCAACUACAAUCCCAUUCACAAGAAGGUUCCUGUCCUUGUUCAUAAUGGAAAACCCAUUGUUGAGUCAUCUAUUAUCCUCGAAUACAUCGAUGAAACCUGGAAAAAUGGUCCUCCACUGCUACCCCAAGAUCCCUACAAAAGAGCCCAAGUUCGUUUCUGGGUUAGCUUUCUCCAGCAACAGGUGUUCGAGACAACGAUCUUAGUAAUAAAAUCCGAUGGAGAAGCACAAGAAAAAGCCAUCAAGGAACUGUUUGAGAAAUUAAUGGUAUUGGAAGAUGGAAUGAAGAACACCUUUACAGAUGAUGAUGAUCUUGAGGGCACUACAUCCAUUAAGCACGAAAAUAUAGGACUCUUGAACGUUGUACUUGUAUCCUGUUUUGGUUCCUAUAAAGUUCAGGAAGAAGUCCUUGGUUUCAAGAUUAUAGACCCAGAGAAGACUCCACUGAUAUUUUCAUGGUUGGAAGCCUUAAUUGAGAUACCUGCAGUGAAAGAGGCAGCCCCCCCUCCUGAAAAGAUUGUGGGAUUUCUCAAACGUUUCAGACAGAACGCCCUUAAAUCUACUGCAAUUUGACCUUAUUAUCGGUUUUGAUUCUUAGCUUUGUGUUGUAUUGAAUACAUUAAAAUAAGAGGCAGCAAAAACUUUUGAUCAGGUUUUGCUGGCCAUUACUUUUCCAACUGCUCACUGUACUAAGCCCUAUGCCCACUUUCCCGAUCUGUAGGACUUUUUGGAAUAUCAGCAUCAAUAUUUUCUAUGACUUUUACUAAG